CACUAUUUAGGAAAGGUCUCCCUUUCAGCCUAGCUCACUGCAGAAUCACAGUGUGUGAGGGGGAUAAAAACAGCAGUUUUACAUGAGUAUCUCCAGAGAGGUUCUGUGAAUGUACAAUAAGAAUUCCCAGGUUCUGCUGGGUGAGAUUGCUGCUGUUGCCCUUUCCAUCAUUUCCCAGCUGAAGCUGAGCAGCAGUGGUACCUAGACUAAUUCUGCAGCUUCCUUAGAGGACAAUGCACCCUGCAUAGAGCUGCCAGCCCUAGAGCUGACUGUCAGCUGCUGGUUCUCUGAGCCCACAUGGAGGAGUUACACUGAACAUAACUUACCCUCCGGUGCUGAAUUACUGAAGGAGACACAGAACGAAAUGUGGGGGGAAGGGAAAGAAGCCAUUUUAAUUGCAUUAUCUCAUCUGAUCGCUGUGCUUAAUUCCCCACUUCCUAGGCUUCCGCUCUGAUGCUAUAUGGAAAACUAUUUAUAUGCUGGAUUCCUCUACAACAUCGCUGGCUCCUCGGUUUUUUAUCUGAUCCAAGGAAAACUGCAGGUGACUCACUGCUGGUCUCUCUGAACUACACUGAUACCAAGAAUUGAACCAAUGGCUGCUAAAAAUCACCAGAGACGAAUCCAAAAGGGAGAUGACUCUUAUGAUAUCUCAGUCCCUUUUGAAGAGAGUCUGCGCAGAGAAUGUGGAUCCUUAUACAGUCUCAGCUCCCAGCAGAAUAACUCAGAAGAGAUAUCCGAGUCGCAUACCCCCUCCAUCAUACUAAUGAACAGCAUGAACGCUCAGCUUCACAUGGCUCUGGAGAGGAAUUCAUGGCUGCAGAAGAGAAUUGAAGACCUAGAGGAAGAGAGGGACUUUCUCCGAUGUCAGCUGGACAAAUUUAUUUCCUCUACCAAAUCAGAUUCUGAAGACCAUUCUAGAGUAAAACAAACCAACUGGCGUUCGGAAGGAAAAGAGUGUUGUAAUGAGGAUCUGACUGACAAUGAAAGUAUGGUGUCUGUAAGUGCCUAUUCUGAAGAAGGUGAUACUUUGGCCGACACUAAGAGGCAAAAGCAAAAAGGAAAUUGCUAUAAGAAGGUGUUCUGCAAGCCAAAGAUCAGGGAGAGACAAAGAGUGAAAGAUGCUGAUGGUGUCCUUUGCCGAUACAAGAAAAUCCUUUCCACUUUUCAAAAGUUAAAGAGCAUGAGCAGGGCCUUUGAGCACCAUCGCGUAGAUCGCAACACUGUAGCCCUCACUACUCCUAUAGCCGAGCUCUUGAUUGUUGCGCCUGAGAAAAUAGCUGAGGUUGGAGAAUUUGACCCAUCCAAAGAGAGGCUGCUGGAAUAUUCUAGACGUUGCUUCUUGGCCUUUGAUGAGGAGACCCUUGAGAAGGUCCAAGCACUCAAGAAAAACAAGCUACUUUUGCCCAUCACCUAUCGUUUUAAGCGAUGAUUUCCCAGCUUUGACACCACAUUACAAACGAAAGACUCAAUUACUUCUCUCCUAUAGCUUUUAUUAGGAGUUUUAACAAAUAGAGGAGAUCUUUUGUACUUGCAAAGCUAUUUACUACUACUGUGAGUUAGGAAUGUUGGCAUGAGUGUGGCUUUCAUUUAGCCACUUUGCUCUUCUAAAUGUAAAUUUCAAUCUUACAAUGAAACGCACUUAAGCAAAAUCUCCAUCAGUGUGGACGAAAUAUGUAAAUGCUGCAUUUUCUUUAUUUAAGUAGGCUGUCCAACCUUCCCUUCUUACAUAGUACACAUCUUGUCAUGUGGAGUUUCUUCACUUUUCCAUUAUGAUCUCCUUACAAAGCUAAUAGCCAUGCAUCAGAUCAACUAUAUGGAAAGACUGUGGAAAGUAACAAAUAACUGAUACACUA